AUUUGUGUGCUUCUCAAACAAUUCCUUUUGCUGUCAGUCACUUGUAAAAAAAAAGAGGGAGAGAAAGUUUGAGUAGAAACAGUAAUUAAUAGAUAACGAUGAAGAAUUUUCACAUUUUACUUAUUCAAGUCCUGUUUUUACCGAUGCUUUGUCACUCCGAAGACUUCGUGUGGUCGAGAGCUACUUAUUACGGCAGUCCUGAUUGCAAAGGGAACCCUCGAGGGGCAUGUGGGUAUGGAGACUAUGGGAGAGAAAUAAACGAUGGCCAAGUGAGUGCUGUCUCUUGGCGUCUAUGGAACAACGGUUCCAUGUGCGGCUCCUUUUAUAUCCCUAAUUGUUGAUACAAUAAGGUACGGUGUACGAUACCACAACACUGCAAAGAGGAAGGGACGUACGUAGUGGCGACGGACUACGGAGAAGGAGACCGUACGGAUUUCAUACUCAGCCCCAGAGCGUACGGGCGCAUGGCGAGCGCCGGCGCAGAGGAAUAUCUCUUCUCGUACGGAGUGGUAGACGUGGAGUACAAGCGUAUACCUUGCAGAUACGGAGGGUACAAUCUGGUGUAUAAGGUCCACGAACGUAGCCGUAAUCCUCACUACUUAGCCAUCCUCUUCUUGUACGUCGGUGGCCUCAACGACAUCCUAGCCGUUGAAGUUUGGCAGAGUAUGGACUGCACCUCCUUGGUUCACGACUUGCAGACCCCGCCGUACGGUGCGAUCACGUUGAGGUUCUUGGUGUACGGAAGUGUCGGAACCACCUGGCUCCAAUCGCCAAACGCUAUUCCUAGCGAUUGGAACGCUGGCUCCACCUACGACUCCAACAUUCUGCUCACUUGAAUUAUGAAUCUCCUCUCCCCUAUACAUACAAUAUUUCACAUAUAUAUAUAUAUUGGUGGUUAUAGAUAUUGGAAUAAAAGAAUAAAUGGUUUUAUGACAUGGUCUCUGUUAUAUAUACAUGUAUAAUCCUAUACAAUUAUAUAUCUAGCCAAAAGUGAAGGGUUGAAUUCUAUAUAAAAUUUUCACUUGGUUUUCUAA